GUGUUUCUUACUGGCUCUAGCAGAAGAAAUGGAGAAAGUGAAAACGGGGACAUUUCAGUGGUGUCGAAGGAGAAGCGUCUUCUGUUAACAUGUUCCUAUCAAAUUCUUCAAGGAUUCAAAACACGUCAUUAAAACAGAAGUAACGUCAAGGUGUCGUGCGAUGGCCGUAGGCGCAGCUGACGUAUUUAAUGCCAUAAACAAAGUUUUCUCCUGAUAUUUGCCGGGACCGUUUCCUUUUCCACAGGACUGUGAGCACAGCCUCCACGGUUAAUGUCAAGCUAAACUAUGGACGGAUGGAACCCCACAGUAGCGGCUGCCUCGGAUCAUGAGCCUUCCAGCUCCGAGGGUGAGUACAUAGUGGAGCACGGACACGACGACGAAAUCCAGGGGGCGCCGCACAGGGCACCGCUGGGUACCGUGGAGGGAAGCUUGGACGGCGGGGGCACCGUGGGUACCGUGGGUGUGGGCUUGGGCUUGGGGAUAAGUGACAUCCCCGUCGGACACAGAGACGACAAAGAGCUCAAGUACCUGCACCUGUUGUGGGAACCGAGGGGAGCGGAGAUCGGCGGUGGCCCCGCAGCAGGAGUGGCUAGCAGGCUGGGGAAGAUGACAGGAACGAGGGCCAGGCGCCACCACCGAGCCGUGCGCUGCCUGGGUCCAAUUGGUAAAGAUAUCUAUGCUGUGAAAAGACUGAGGGAGGCAGCGAACAGCAACGACAUCGACACAGUGCGAAAGCUCCUGCAGGACCACAUUGACCCGUGUGCAGCGGACGACAAGGGAAGGACAGCUCUGCACUUCUCCUCCUGCAAUGGCAACCAGAGCAUCGUCCAAUUGUUGCUGAGCCAUGGUGCUGACCCCAACCAGCAAGACAGCCUGGGAAACACCCCCCUCCAUCUGGCGGCCUGUACCAACCAUGUGCCUGUCAUCACUACACUGCUGAGAGGAGGAGCUCGAGUGGAUGCUCUGGACCGGGCCGGCAGGACACCGCUGCAUCUGGCACGCUCCAAGCUCAACAUCCUCCAGGAGGGAGAUUCUGGCAGCUUAGAGACCCUCAGGGGGGAGGUGACCCAGAUCAUUCAAAUGCUGAGGGAAUACUUGAACGUGUUGGGCCAGAGUGAGGCUAAAGAGAGACUGGAACAUAUUUCCACACAGUUGCAGCAUACACGCACCAAGGAACAGGUAGAUGAAGUGACUGAUUUGCUGGCCAGUUUUACAUCACUCAGUCUACAAAAACAGAAUCUGGGGGACAGGUAGAAGACUGUGUCCAACCUGUCCUUCACACACAAACACACCUGCUGUUGUGAAUUUCUUUCUCUAUUUUCAAACAAAGAUUUAUCACAGUACUUUUAACAAUGACUGUUCAACAAAGCAAAUGUUUGUGUGUUGGAUAAUUUUUAAAUUGUUAUUUUGUUUAAACAUUUAGGAUUGUAGGUUUUUUUUAAUCAUAUACUCAAAGGUAUAGUAUGCAAACUGUUUUGUUCUGUUUGUCAGGCCUAGAUCGUGUAGCGCUCGCCCUUCCCCUGAAGAGGGCACUACAUAGAAAGUAAUAGUAAACAGCAGGGUUAUCUCAGGAGAACGCCACCACUGACAAUUACCGAUAGAAUCUGUACUAAACGGAUCUAUAAUGUAUAUAGGAAAUUCGUGUAUGCCAUGCCCUUUAGUGCAGAUCUAUCUAUAAGACAGAUGAAAAAGUCUGAGGUGAAAAGUACAUUUUGUAUAAAGACUGGCAGAAUAAAGGAGUAAAAUUGGCCCUUG